AUGAUUUCUAUUGUUCCUAUUCUAAGUCAUCAUCGCCAGUUUGAACUGCUGUCUAAGGAUAUCAUGGCUGAUGCUGGUGAGGACCCAAGCGUGUCUCUUAUUGUUUACCAGUCUUUGGCUCAAACCGUUACUUGUGGUAUCUUCAUCCCUGCGGAAAGAGUGUCUUUCACCGUGACGUUUUUUUAUGGUUUCAAUAGUUCGGAUGAUAGACAGUCCCUUUGGGAUGAGUUGAGCAUUCUCAAUGCCACUACACCUAUCUCUAGGUAUCUUUGGGCGGUUGUAGGGAAUUUUAACCAGAUUUUGAGAGUUUUCCAGCUUUCAAAUAGUCUAGAGAUGGAUACUGAUGAUGCAGAGUUGUUCGAGGCUCAAGCUAAGGGUCUUCAGUUUUCUUGGUGGAAUAAUCAGGAUGACAACCCGAUAUCCAAGAAAAUAGAUCAUGCGUUUAUCAAUCGAUAUUGGUUAGAAGGCCGAAUAAGCCCUUCAAGUUCCUCUCAGUUUAAGCUCAUCAGGUCCCUUAAGAUGUUGAAGCAUGUGCUUAGGAGAUUAAACAAAAGUACUUUCAGCGCGGCAACUCUUAACCAAUAUGACACAGACCAUCGCGAGAGAGGAGCAUCAGGCUAG